UCAAGACUAUUUAAAAAAUAAUAAAAAAUUUCUAAAUAUGAAAAUAAGAAGUGAUAUAUGACAAAAUAAAAAGUUUAAAAAUAAUUGUCAUGGUCGAGGCCAUAGAAACUACAGCUAUUAACACAUUUCUCUCAUGGGAUAUGCUGUUUUCCAAAGUAAAGAGAAGAUGAAUUUUGAUUUUGAGGUUAGCAUAUAAGUUUAAAGUUUAAUUUAACAAAAACAAAAAUGUUUUGCGCUGCUUAUCGUGUUUGCUUUACACGACUAAUUACUACAAGACCCCUGUCCACAGGUCACCAAAAAAUCGUAGUUACUGAUCAAGGUAGCACAAUAAUAGCUUGGCACCCAAAAGAUGACUUCCCCUAUGAAUGCACUCGUCCAUUACCAGUAGAACCAGAAAAUGAAACUGCCACCGUUUUAAAAACAACAGUGACACCUGAGUUAUUAGGUAUAUUCAACAAGAAGACACCAGAACAAGCAAGACAAGAAUUAAUGAACAUCACUCAUACCACCAAACACAGAUGGUUCCCCAGGGCAAGAGAUAAAAGAGCAAAGAAAACUCCAAUGGACAGAGAAUAUUUGUAAUUGAAUAUAGUUAUUAUCAAAUUUUAAUAAAAAUGUAAAAUGCAAUUUUGUAGCUUUUAGAUGUUCUGAAACUAUCUUGCAAAGAUUGUAAGUCAACUUUAUAGACGAAAGUUUAACAUGUUCACAACCAAGUGACUCGGUAUAUCCUCAUCGAUUUUUCUAUAGACAAGCAUUUCACCCGUAAGCCUGUGGUUGCAUUGCACGUAAUGGCAAUGUAAAUAGCUUUCAUCUUUGAGGAUGAAACUUAAAUAAGCCCCUUGGUAGUGAACAGGUUAAAUGAGACCCAAAGAAAGUGAAAAUAAAGGGUUGGAUCCCCAACGCCUUUUAUUAAACUAAAA